GCUAUCCAUAUUCUGAGGUUAGCCAGUCAGUCCGGCUCUGUCAGUCAGAGAUGUAGAGCUGUUUGGAGAUGAACAAGGUCUUUUUACCUUGGAGUCAUUUGCAGACUUGAGAGACCAUUUUUUGAAUGAGGGGUGGGUUUUUCACUACAGAAGAGCUCGGAACCAUCAGACAACGUUACAUCGGUGGCCGCAGGACCCCAGCCAUAAGCCCCCAGGAGGAGCGGGCAGGACUGGCCACCGUGAAUCUUUGGAGCUCAUGGUGUAGCGAUGGACAGUUGGACUCUCCAGGGGGACAGCUACUCCUUCAUGCGCAGUGCGCCCCGCACAUUUUCCCUGUGCCAUCGAGAGGGUACCCCGAACCACGUUGAAAUCUUUGAUAUUAUCAACAUCCCCACUCAGCGGAGUGUCAUCUCUGAGACCACCUGCCUGUGCGACAUUUUCGGAGACGACGGUGAGUCAGCGUCCCUGUCAAGCAGUCCCGCUGCAGGGCCCGCUGUACCUUCCCAGACAGAGUUGGAAGGAAGAGCUGCCACCACACCACAAGUGGAUGAUUUGAACGAUUCUUCUGGCAGCUAUCACACCGCACCUGGAUCAAGCGAGGGAGAGGAGGGGUCCGAUGACUCAAGAGAACGGUGCUACAGCCCUGCUGGGCAAAAAGAGUGUUCAGAUGGGAGGGAAACAGAUGAAAAAGAAUUCAAUUUAAAACAUCCAGAAGUUGCUAAAGAUAGCGUUGCAAAUUUCGAACCAAAAACCGCAACCCCAGUACUUCUGCACAAUACGAGUACCCCAUCAUCACUCACCCCAUCGUAUCAAGGCCUCAACAGUGGUGAGACAACACCUUCUCCUGGAUAUAAUAGCCCCAGUUCCUUCAAUCCAGAAGGGAGGCUGUCAUCACUGUCUUCCUCCUCUGCUGAAAAAAGACUUUCACCUCUAUCACCUGACAUUGAGGAAUCGUACAGAGAAACUGAAUCAAGUACAAUAACCCCUUCAUUCAAGGACAGACAGAGUAAUCCUUCAAAUCAAUCUUUAAGUCCAUCGCUUCCACACAAUGUAAUUGAACCAGAAGCCAGCCAGUUAAAUCAAAACAGCAGUUCACUGCCUGAGACUUCCACUGACCUUUCUCAGGAAUAUACAGAUAUUAAAUCAAGAAUCAAUUUUUCAUCUUCUACUCUCCAUGGUGUCGAUUCGGAAUCUCCCUCGGACAGGCAGGUAGUCUCCCCUCAGCUCAGAAACAGUUCUCCUUCCCCCACCACUCAAACAUUACCUCCUUUCUCUGAAUCAAGAGGAAGGGUAUCUGUACCUGAUCUCUUUAGCAGAGAAUCCACACCUGAUAUAAAAGAUUCUGCCAACACCACUGAACUUAUUUCAGAUCUUUCCAUUGCUGGAAGAGACAUCACGGCCACGCCUCAGAGCCAGGACACAGGAUUAUCAACUGGACCAGGCAGCUCUGUUUCCACACCAGGCCCGAGGUUUACGCCCCCUUCUCCUGUCAUUUCAGUCGCCACGUCUCCUGAGCUUGUAGAAGAUAGAGUUCCAGCUGGAAUAAGGGAAGCAAGGAUCCCCCCUCACUUGCCUCCCCCUGCCUUUCUAACCAACACUGGGUCAAGAAGUCCAUCGCCUGCUCUUUCGCCUACAGUACAAAACCGUUUAACGCUUUCUGAAAUCAGGAGUCAGGUGUCUUCACCUGUGGUUAGUAAUAGUUUUUCUCCAUUACCUGAAGUGCAGCAGAACAGUUCGCCUUUACAACAAAUAUAUACUUCCCCAUCACCUGAGAUAAGGAUUAUAUCCUCCUCUCCUGAGCUCAGUAACGAGCAUAGCUCUCAAAUAAAUCCAUCACCCGAACUUUAUCAGAGAGCCUCGCCUUCAGAGGAACGGUACAAUUCUCCGUCCCCUGAAGUAAGGAUUUUCUCCUCCUCUCCAGAGCUCAGAAGGAAAGAACAACACUCUCAAGUAACUCCAUCACCUGGACUGCACCAGAACAGCUCAUCUUUAGAAAAAAAAUAUACUUCUCACACACCUGAGAUAGGUGCUGUUGCACCCCCUUCUGAUCUAAUCAGGAAAGAGUGGCCCUGUCAAGACAAAGAGGUUUCAGAGUCUUCUCUCACAGAGCAACAAGUUGGCUCUGUGUCACCAAGAAGCUUCUCUUUCUCCCCUCAAAUCGCAGGGGUGUCCUAUUCUGUUGUGCAGGCUGAGGGUAGGACAGGUUCCCCAUUUCCAGAACUUUCUCAUACCUCCUCCCCAGAGCCAACUCAUUUUCUUGUGUCCUCUGAGACUGGUAAAGACAGUGUUGACACCAGUAUAGCACAGUCCACUGGUAGUCAAAGAAACUCUCCACAUUUAUCAGACAUCCAAAGUUCUGCCUCACCGUCUCAGCUCAAGAACCAAACACCUUCUCCUCAGCCAAACUAUUGCACACCAUCACCUGAACCAAGAUCUCUAACCUGUUCACCAGACGACUGCCUAAGUCCUUCAUCUCAGCACCAGCAUUCAUCACCUGUAACUCCAUUUACAGAGAAAAUAUUCCAGGAAUCAGUAACAACACAGUCUACAGAAUUCAACCACCUGUAUGCAACACCUGUUCCUCUCACAGCUGAGCUUCAGACGGAGACCAUUACUGCCGGUACCACAGUAAUACCAUCACCUACACAUCUGGCAAAGAAAGUUGUGUCACCUUCAUUUAAAUUAGAGAAGAGAUUGGAAACUGGUGCUACUGAAAUAAAGAGCAACUCUUCAGUGGUGGAAGUUUGCACUCCGAUAUCUGUCUUAUCAGAUAAAAAGUCACGCAAUUCACAGAUACAACUUAUCACAGAAAAAAGAGAGGCAAAAAAGAGAGAGCACUGUCAAGAAAUAUCAGGUGUAGCCACCUCCACUCAGAAAAAACACAACCCUCAAACCCCUUUUUCUCAAGAAGAAAUCGAGUCUCCUUCCCGCGAUAUUACAAGCCACAGAGUUCAUAGAGCAGCAUCCAAGGAGUUUGGGCAAAGACAGGAAAAGCUCCAUCCUCUGGUCCCCUCCAACAGUAAUAUUUAUCUGCCAGAUUCGACUUGCACGCCUCAGAACUCAAGAAGACAGCUGUUACCCAAAAUUAUACAAGACAACAGGGAGAAGCUGGCGGGGGACAUGUCCCGUUAUAAAAACAGGCGGCGUACUCCUUCUCCACCUCUUACCAGAUUUACACCUGUUCACAUUAUAGCCCCUCAGAAACCACACAGAAAAUGGCAAAACAGAAGCAAUAGCCCCUCUGAAGCUAUAGCAUCCUCACUGUGUGGUCAUUUAAAGGAAGCAGCGACAAAUAGGGAAAACCCCAAUGUUGACCCUGUUGACAAUAAUAGCCAGGCCCAUUGGGUCAGAAUUGGAAAGCAAUUGGAGAUGGACAGAGAAAUGCCAUUGGAGGAGGAGAGGGAUGUAGGUAUGGAGAGGCAAAUGGGUAGGGAGAUAGACAGAGAGCGAAAGAGGGAGGAGCAGGCUCCUGAAAGAGAAGAGGGGUUGCAGGGGGUUGCCAGUUACAGAGGGGAACAGGUUGAGCUGUCAUUCAAUGCCAGGAAUAGAAAAGGACCUGUGAUUCGCAGUGCAGCUCCCACAACCAGAGAGACGCGCCAGGGACUGCCAACAGCACAUUCUUAUUCAGAGAGUCUCCCUGCGACAAGACCGCUACAGCAACAACACAGUCUGCUUAAACUUGCAUCUCAGCCAGACCCCAGCGGUUGCAGCGCCAGCAGAAGACUUAAACCUCCCACAUCUCAGGACAGGAGAAGUGUGCCUCGACGCGUGUCCACGAGCAGGCCAUGUCAGAGCUCCAGCUCCAGUAUGGGAAGUGAACUUGAUGAAGCAGACCAUGAGGUGAAGUGGCUUACAGAUGUGGCUUUUUGCAGCCUGUCAAGUCCUGAAGUAGACUACUUGGAAAUGUACAACUCCAGCCACUGUUCAUCUACAAACAUUUCUCAACCAUCUACCCAGGACAGUCCAGCUGGGGUCAAUGCUGCCUGGCUGUCCUAUGCUGACUUCAGAGGUUCUGCAUCAAAGCUUGACCUUGAUGAACUCUCCUCUCAUCAGCAAUAUCCUCACAGUUUAGAUUGCCUAGAUCCAUCCAGAAGAUGUGAGUUAGGAAGCUUUGAAUGCAUAGAUGUAGCUGUGGAAAGAGAGGACUGCAGGAAAGUAAGAAGAGGAGUGCCAAAAAGACAGAUCCAACUGAAGAGGCGGAAUAAUACUGAAGGGAAACAGGAUGAGAACAGUGAAAAUAGCAGUCCUGGACUACCAGUUAUGGUGGAAAGCCCCUCUCAAGAGACUCACCCUAGAGGUAUCUUUGUGAGGCAACACAGCACACCAGCAGCAAUGCAAGAAACUCCCCCUAGUGAGAGCAGCUCUGAGCUCUCACAGCAAAAAGAAAGACAGCCCCAACUCCAGAAAUCUGCUUCUAUGGAUGAAACAUACUCUAAAACCAAGAUUGCUUCAUGCCUCAUCAAGAACGUGUUGUCAAAGAAGAUGCAAGGUGUUGACACACAGCCUGAUGAGCAAGCAAGAGAAGAAGUGAGCCCACCAACAGAGAGUGCCGUAGCACCAUCUGAAGAAUCACCGAAACUUGACUCUAGUAAUCUGAGUUCCAGUCUUCAGUCAGAUCACAGCCUUUCAUCUGAGAGACUUUCACUGAGAGGAGAAACAGGCAUGAAGGAUCAAGCCACCCUGCCUAAGGACCAUGGAUUAAAAUCUAGUUAUAGACCAAGUUCAUCCAGCAGUGGCAGAAGUGUCACCUUCUCCCAGACUGACAGCGAAGAAGCUGAUUCCCAAACGCGAAGUACUAAAUCAUCAGCUUCAGAGAAAAAAUCCAACUGUGGUGUACCGUUUGAAGGUAAAAGAAGUGGUUUACAGUCCUGGCAAACACAUGAAACUGUGGUAGGCGCACCAGUGAAAGCACCUGCUUGGGACACAGCAGCUCCCUCAGAACGUCCUUCUGGCAUCACACCAGCAAGAGGAACAAGCAGAGAUCAAAAAGUUGAAAACAAAGAGCAACACAGACAACUUCAACACAGAGACAAAGAUCCCUACACCUCUAAAACACAGGAGAUCAAACUCAAAGCUGUGGAAAAGAAGAAGGCCUCAUUAAAUGUCUGUCUCACUCCAGAGGCAGACAGCAAAUCUUUUCCACCAGAUGGAUUUGCAGGAGAGAAGGAAGCAGAAGACAAAAUACAGGAUGAAGGGGUCGGGAAUGAAAACGUUAAGGCUCCCAUUCACAAAGUUAGAGAUGUAAGGCGGCUUGUGAAAAACACAUACAACUUGUCCUUCAAGGCAGUUAGUCCUGUUAACCAAUCAGGCAUCAAUGAAGAAAACUGCAAUGAAGAAACAAGAGAGGACCUGUCAGUAGAGGAGAAAAUAAAUGUAUUAAAGGAUGCCAGCAGAGAAGAGAGGAAAGAGGAAAGAGAAGAAGAGUUCUGGGUCAACAGAACACCCGAAGAGAAAAAUGAAGCAAAAGAUUCAAUGAAUCAAAUAUUACUUCAUUCAACUCAGAAUAAAAGAAAUUCUCCAUCUGGUCCUCAACCAAUGCAAAUCGAAUGCAAGGCUGUUUGCUGGAAAGAUGACAAAAAUAAAAUGCCAAACAUGAUGAAAGAUUUGGGCGAUAUAAACCAAAGCUCUUCGUUGUCUUCCCCAGAUGCAAACUCGAUAGCGAGCAGACUACAACACACAAUGGAAGAGAAGAUGACCCAAAAGCUUGGUGAACAUGAUAUUAGUACCACAACAGAAAAGAGAAAGAAUGUGACAGAAAUCCACAAAGUGCCAGACAGUGAGGACAAACCCACAUUGGCUAGAACAGACCGAAAACCUCCCAUGCUCGGGAGCCUCCCUAAACUGCCAAGUAAGGAGAGGGAGGUGUCCACUGCUGUAGUUUUAAUAAGAGAGAAAUCAAAUAAAUCCAACAUGUCUGCAUCUUUAAGUCAAGAAGAGACUUCUGGCCAAAUCAAAGUUCCUGCUUCUCUCUCACCUACCCCGCCUGUUUCUGGCAGUGCAUCUGGUGGUAGUGUUGGCCACUCUGUUUCAAUGCUUUUAAAGGAGAAAGGUUAUCAAGCUGACAUUGGUGCAGUGGUGAGCGACGGUCAGAACUUAACUAGAGGUAAAGGACCUACCUGUAAGCACGUGAACUCUUUGGAAAUCCCUCUCCAGACCAUUCCUCCUUCAGAGAAAAAUUUUCCUGAAUCUCACAGAGGGAGAACCUUCUCCUCGUCCUCCACCACCUCUGGCCCUUCAGCAAUGACUGAAAGUGCAGAUGUCCUGGAAAAGCCGGCAGAAGAGGAGGGAGUUAGCGUUAAACCUCCAAAGAAAGACACAGAAACAACAAAAAGGAACACAAUGGACCAAAUACUAACCACCACCAAACAAAAUGACACUAUAGGAGAUUUUGAAGCAGUCAAAAGGCUAGAUCCUACUUUCCCCCCCAGGUCUCCAGCAACACGGAGAUUCAAACCACAGCCAGGUGAGACCAGGUCACCAUCAAAAGAAACAGAGAAAAAAGAAAUCCUCUCGUCGUCUUUGGGAAGCCACAGACCUCAAAUGAUUGAAGUGAAAUCAAUAGCUAAAAACUCGCAAAAACCAGCAGUGCCUCCAAAACCAAACUGCAAAUUUAAACCUGGAGAUUUGGGAAAUGUGACAAAUGAAGCACAGAGAGCAUCAACAGCCUCCUCUAGUGGAAAACAACGAAAUGAGGAGAGACCGCAGACAAUUGUAGUGAGCUCACCUACAGUCUACAGGAAGAUUUCCAAUGAAUCUGCCUCUGCAUCAAAUCAUUCAAGAAAGCUUGCUGUAUCUGCUGUGUCAAACCUUAAGCCACCACCUCACAGAACAACAACAGCCAAUGUCACCAGCAUCUCUAACAUGUCAACAGCAUGUUCAGACACAGAGGCAGUUACUGACCAAGGUCAGCACCAACAAUCUGCUGCUUCGCCUCAGAGCUCCAGGCAUGCUAAGAAACCUGAAUCCCAAACUACAACAUCAGACACCAGUUUAGAUGUAGCCCAACAACUUGUUCCACAACCAAAUCAAUAUCAAAAUGGUGGAUCUACCCGAUCUGAAGUUGAUCAAUCUACUUCAAUGGACCCAGAGGGUCAACAGUGUUCCAGGGCGACAUGUGCUCAUGAGCAAACUAUGCCUGUUAGCUCCAACAAUCUGAAGCAGGUGCCUGCUGUUUCCACAACUCAAAAGUAUACACAUCAACCAUACAGAAGAACAGUCUCCAGUGAGCAUGCCCAAAGAAUAGAUGAGCAACAUUUUUAUACCUCAGAUGACCCUCCAAGCUAUGAUGAAAGAGAGAGCUUCAGUCCACUCUUGCUUCCUGACAUGACUUCAGCAAGGCCAAAUCGUUAUCAACCCUCAUGCCAUCCUCCCUGUUCCUGCACAGCUGUCUACCCCUCACACUGUGGUCCUACCUCUCCUCACCAGCAUCAUAGUCCUCAUAACCUUACCCCACCUGGUCUAUCACACUCUCCAGCUCAGGCACUACCUUACCAAGUGGCUCAGCCCCCUCUCCACGCUCAUCAUUGUCGACCUGAAACACAGCCAUUGGGUUACCAACCAAGAUCUCCAAAAUCAAGCCCUCUUGGUCCAAACCAACCACAAUCCAUGUAUCAGCCUCUCCAUCCCUCUGCUGCCUGUGGUCCCCUUCCUUCACUCAUGCAGGCCUGCUCUGCUGACCGCUCUCUGCUGCCACAGCAACACAGUGGAGCUCGACGGCCUCCUGUUCACCGAUCUCCCCAUCAGCACCCACCAAAUCUGACAGGGGCUCCUUACACUGAUUCAGGUCACAGCCACUCUCCUGUCCUGCCUCCUAUAGAUCCUCAGUACCUAUGUGGCGCUCAAAGCAUGGGUCCCUCCUAUGGUUCAGAAUACGGCGGCGACAGCUCUAGCGUGUAUUCAGAAAGUAGCUAUGCACAGUCACCCCGUAGAGUACUCUUGGAUCCUGAGACAGGGAAGUAUUUUUAUAUUGAGGUGCCUGUGCAGCCCCUUAGGAAAAUGUUGUUCGACCCAGAGACUGGUCAGUAUGUGGAAGUGCUUAUCCCACAGCAGGCAAUGUCACAUUCAGGCCUGUACCCUCCUGCUGGACCCCACUUCCAGCCUCUCCACAACCACAACAUCUAUGCCCCGGCUCCUCAGUACAUGCCCUGUGCUGCUCCUCCUCCGUUAGCCCACCCCCAGAUUCAGCCUCAACCACCCCAAUAUCCUGAGGCGUCUGCUGCACCUCCAAUGCAUCCAAGUGGGUCUGGGGUCAGCUAUAGGAAUCCAUCAGGACAGGGAUCAAAGCCAGAGCCCAAAAACCACCAACCAUUGGACCAAAGGUACCUUGAGAAUAUGUAUUAUGUCCCAAGUGUGAUAAAUGCAAGCCCAAAUACCACCCCACCUGACUAUUACCACAGGCAUCCUUCUAACUUACCCACGACUGGGGGGAAAAGGUCCUGAAAUAGAGGGCAGAGGCCGCCUUCCUGGAGCCUGUGGAGUUUAAAAUACACUAUGUAUAAAUGGGGUGGCUAAUGUUGGUCUGUGAUGUAAUUUGAGUUUUGACACCACAGCUGUAGAAAGCAAUUCUUUAGCUGUUGUUUAUUUGCUGAUGCUGCUAUACGUUUUGCUGAGCUUCUUUUACAAAACAGAUUUUUAGGUUGGUGUCUUCAGAAAUACAUGUGUGUGGGCCUUUUCUAUGACCUGUUUAUUAAAGUAUUACCUAGACUUUUAUAUGCAAGAUGAUUAAAGGGAUGCGCAGGAACGAAACAUCUGUGGGAUUAUUAAUUACGGAUGUGUUUUUAGUCUGUAAAUGUCCGCAGAAACUUGAAAAUGCAAUAUGAAAAGACCUCAUAUUUAUCUUGAUAAUGCAUUUACACAGUUUGAGUGAGUUUGUGUACACGAUGUCUGCAACCCAAUGUAGCACUCUCAAUAAAAUGUCAAAUGUCAAA